AAUCGCUGGACCGGCGGCUGGAUAUGGCUGUCCUUGUCGGAUCCUUGUUGGGUCCCGCGGGUAGGUCGGCGGCGCUGCUGGGUGGCAGGUGGCUCCAACCCUGCUCCUGGCUAGGGCUCCCGGACGUUUGGGGCCUUCCCACCCUGCAGCAGGCGCGGGGCAAGGCGCGCGGGAACGAGUAUCAGCCCAGCAACAUCAAACGCAAGCGCAAGCACGGCUGGAUCCGGCGCUUGAGCACGCCAGCUGGCGUCCAGGUCAUCCUUCGCCGCAUGCUCAAGGGCCGCAAGUCGCUGAGCCAUUGAGGAACCCGACGCUGCCGGCAGGACCCCCAUUAAAGCAUUUCCCUUUCCUCUACCUUGCCUGAUGCUGUUUUUGCAGGAUUGAGAGCAGUAAAGACGUGGACAUGAGUUCUCCCACGGGAAGUUUGGAUGGGAGUGGAAGUCACACUUUGCCAAGUUCCUUUUUUACGCUUUUUUCAGUUAGGAAGAAUUUUGAACAUACACAACAGACCACAGAGUAGUACGACAAACCCCAUCUACCCAGUACGCAGCUCUACUAGAGUCUGGGGCAACUUGUCAUGCCCCAUCCUGGUUAUUUUGAACCUGAUCUCGGGCAUUAGGUUAUUUUUGUAAAUAUUUCAGAACGCCAAGAUAAGGGCCCUUUAAAACAGUCGCAAAACUUAUUGCACCCCAAAGAAUUAUCAAUAAUUUUGAAAUAUUAAAUGUCUAAUACAUGUCAAA